AUAUUGUGUACUUGGGAGCUCAAAAGUAUCAAAAAACAAACCAACCUACUUCCAUUGAGCUUGAGGGAGUAAGAGAAUCUCACUAUAACCUGCUUGGAACAAAUCUUGAAAGUGUGGACAAGGCAAGAGAUAAAAUCGUGUACUCAUACACCCACAGCAUUAAUGGUUUUGUUGCUACGCUUGAGGAAGAAGAGGCUAAGAACAUUGCUAAUCGUAAGGAAGUGGUAUCAGUGAUCUUGAACGAGGCCAUACCAUUGCACACAACAAGGUCAUGGCAGUUUCUUGGUCUGGAAAACCAAACAGACGGCACAGUCCCUCCGGGUUCCAUUUGGGAAAAGGCUAAGUUUGGAAAAGAUACUAUCAUCGGCAAUAUUGAUACGGGUGUAUGGCCUGAAUCAAAAAGCUUUAGCGACCACGGAUUACAAGGAAUCCCGGCAAAAUGGAAGGGAAUUUGCCAAAAUGAUGCAGACCUAAAAUUUCAGUGCAACAACAAGCUGAUCGGAGCGAGAUACUUCAACCAAGGGUAUCUAGCCGUUGCAGGCAGUGACGCAAAAAGCACACCCUAUUUGAACUCACCGCGAGAUGCCGACGGCCAUGGCACUCACACCCUAUCAACGGCCGGGGGCAGCGCCGUAGCGGGGGCGAACGUGUUCGGGUUCGGGAACGGAACAGCCACGGGCGGGUCGCCGGGAGCCCGGGUGGCCGCGUACAAGGUUUGCUAUGACGCGGGAUGCUUUGGCGCAGACAUCCUCGCCGCCUUCGACGCGGCGAUCGGUGACGGGGUCGAUGUGCUGUCUGUGUCGCUGGGAGGAACGUCGAGCAGUUAUGCACGUGAUGUGGUCGGCAUCGGCUCCUUCCACGCGGCCAUGAGCGGGAUCCUUGUCGUCGCCUCCGCCGGCAAUUCCGGACCCACUUUGUUUUCUGUGUGCAAUCUCGCGCCCUGGAUCUUCACCGUCGGGGCCAGCACCAUGGACCGCAGCUUUCCGCGCAGAGCCGUCUUGGGAAACAAAAAGCAUUAUGAGGGUGCGAGUGUUUCACCAUAUAGACUGAAAAAGGACAAGUUCUAUCCUCUUAUUUAUGGGGCAUCUGCCAAGUUGAAUAACGCUUCGGCUGACGAUGCUGAGCAUUGUUUUCCUGGAACGUUGGACCCGAAAAAGGCGAAAGGGACAAUAGUGGUUUGCCUUCGGGGCACGACUGCGCGGGCUGACAAGAGCAAUCAAGCCCGUCUGGCUGGUGCUGUGGGAGCCAUUGUUGCAAACGAUAAGAGCACUGCGAAUGAGCUUGUUGCUGAUGCACAUUUAAUCCCGGCUACACACGUCACCUAUGAGGCCGGUUUGGCAAUCUUGAAUUACCUUAACACCACUCGGAAUCCGGUGGCUCGCAUUAGUAAUGGAAAAACAGUGUUGGGAGUGAAGCCAGCUCCAGUCAUGGCAGCUUUCUCAUCAGCAGGCCCUAAUCCUCUUACUCCACAAAUCCUCAAGCCUGAUAUUACUGCCCCUGGAGUGAAUGUGCUAGCGGCCUUCACCGGAGCGAAAGGGCCAGCUGACAUAGAAGAUGAUAAGAGGAAGGUCCCAUUCGCCAUAAUGUCAGGGACUUCCAUGUCUUGCCCUGAGGUUGCUGGUGUUGUAGGCCUUCUCAAAACCCUUCAUCCUAACUGGAGCCCUGCUGCAAUCAAAUCUGCCAUCAUGACCACAGCCGGGGUAAUAUCAAACUCAAAGACACCGAUAAUUUCAUCAACCGGGUCGAAAGCAACCCCAUUUAAUUACGGGGCGGGCCACAUAAACCCGAACGCGGCUGCGGAUCCUGGAUUAGUCUAUGACACCAAACCCGCCGAUUACGGGCUCUUCCUUUGCGCAAUGGUAGAGUACAAUGCAACUCUCAUAAAGGACGUUUUCAAUGUGAAGACUACCUGUUCCAAAGGCGGCCUCACCCUCUCCAACCUCAACUACCCCACCAUCACCAUCCCGGACCUCAAAAGGAAGGCCACCGUGACCAGGAGAGUCACAAACGUCGGGGGCGGCCCGGCCACCUACAAGGCCUCUGUGGCCGCCCCGGCUGGAUUCUCCGUCACUGUCAAGCCAGAUACACUCAAAUUUGAUAAGGAUGGGGAAGAAAAGACCUUUAAGGUCACCGUUCAGGCUACAGGGAAAACUGCGACUAGGGGCUAUGCAUUUGGGCAGUUGACAUGGUCUGAUCAAAAACACCUCGUUGCCAGUCAAAUUGUUGUGAAGAACAAGCUGGGGAAAAAGAUUCAUUAAAUAAACUUUGUUUCAAUUUGUUUGUACGUUUUCAAUGCAAUUUUACGUUAUUUCUGUUUUGAACUUUGCUUACGAAUUGCAUGUUACACUCGUGCCGCAUGUUCCUUGAACCGGAACCUUUUUACAAAUGUUGGACACUUGAACUUUGCUUAUGAAUUAGUGAUUAAAGUAUUAGUGAAAUGCUUCAUA